AUGAUGAAUAACGAUAAACACACUUGCUCCACGGAGGCUCCAGCUCACUCCUGCAAAAACUUAAGAGAGAGAUUUUUAGAGGAUAUUUUUAGACAGACUUUGGUGCAACUUCCAUCUCAGGGCUUUUUGAGGGCCAACAUCUCAGUCCCAUCACGAUGAUCUUCACUUCAGAGCAGGUGGCUUGUGUGUGCGAGGUCCUCCUGCAGAGCGGCUGCAUGGAUCGUCUUGCUGGCUUCGUCUGCACUCUUCCUCCUCCUCCUCCUCCUCCCCUCUCCUCCUCUCCUCCCCAUGGGGAGCUGGAGAGUGUGCUGAAGGCUAAAGCCGCAGUGGCCUUUCACCAGGGCCGCUUCACUGAACUCUACACCCUGCUGGAGGGCUUCCACUUUUCCCACCGCAGCCACCCGCUCCUGCAGCAGCUCUGGCUCCGAGCCCACUACAUGGAGACUGAGAGGCAGAGGGGACGACCCCUGGGAGCUGUGGGGAAGUAUCGCGUGAGGAGGAAGUUUCCUCUUCCACACACCAUCUGGGAUGGAGAGGAGACCAGCUAUUGUUUCAAGGAGAAAUCACGGAGUAAACUCCAUGAGUGGUACCGCUGUAAACCGUAUCCCUCCACCCGGGAGAAACGGGAGCUUGCAGCGGCCACCGGCCUGACGACCACACAGGUCAGCAACUGGUUCAAGAACCGCAGACAGAGGGACCGAAACACCAACAUUAAAGGCUCUGGAGGAACCUCAGGAGAAGUCGUCCCUUCCUCUGACAAUGACUUUUCACCUCCAGGAAGCCCACAUCCCCUCCACCAUCGUCCUCCACCUCUGCCUCUGUCUCACCCACCAAGUCCUCUACGUCACACGUGUGGAGGCCUCAGCACUUCAAAUGUUUAAUUUGUGACUUCUAAUACUUGGUUCUGUCUUUUUGGUUUUUUUUUUAAAUCUAUUACCUUUCUAAAAACUGUUUUGCUGUUUUACUGUUUCUUGAAUGUUAAGUCUAUUUCCUGGUGUCACUUAAAAUGGACAAAAUUUGUUGCAAGUAAAGUUAGUUACCAAAUCUUCACUUAGCAGAUAUUGAA